CAGGGCUGUGGGUGCGCUGCUGCCCAUUGAGGUUUGUGCAUCUCGUUCCAGGCAGGCUCCUCACAGCAGCUCUGUGCCACAGCCAUGGCCACGGACUGGCUGGGCAGCAUCGUCUCCAUUAACUGUGGAGAGAGUUUGGGAGUGUACCAGGGCAGAGUGUCUGCUGUGGAUCAGGUCAGCCAGACCAUCUCCCUCACACGGCCCUUCCACAACGGCGUCAAAUGCCUCGUGCCAGAAGUCACCUUCAGGGCAGGUGACAUCACUGAGCUGAAGAUCCUGGAGAUCCCGGGGCCAGGGGACAGCAGACAAUGCGGGGACUCCCAGCAGAUGGACACGGCCAUCCCGGGCGUGGGCUGCCAGGUGGGGCCCAGCCAGAACGGCACCGGCAAGGUGCUGAAGAAACCCAUGUCCAGCAGUGCCCCACAGAACAUCCCCAGGAGGACAGACAUGAAGAGCCAGGACAUUGUCAUCUCCCCACAGCAGCAGUGCUCCAAGAGCUACAUGGAUCGACACAUGGAAACGCUGAGCCAGUCCAAAGGAUUCCGCCGCAGGCACAAUUCCUGGUCGUCCAGCAGCCGCCACCCGAACCAGGUGACCCCGAAGAAGAGCGGCCUGAAGAACGGGCAGAUGAAGAGCAAGGACGACGAGUGCUUUGGGGACGAUAUUGAGGAAAUCCCAGACACAGAUUUCGAUUUCGAGGGCAACCUGGCUCUCUUUGACAAGGCAGCUGUGUUUGAAGAGAUCGAAACUUACGAGAGGAGGAGUGGCACGCGCUCCCGAGGGACCCCCAACGAGAAACCCGCCCGCUACCGGCACGAUGAGAACAUCCUGGAGUCGGAGCCCAUCGUCUACAGGAGGAUUGUGGUACCCCAGAACCCUAACAAGGAAUUCUGCACGGACUCGGGGCUGGUGGUCCCCAGCGUGUCCUACGAGCUGCACAAGAAGCUGCUGGCGGUGGCCGAGAAGCACGGGCUGACCCUGGAGAGGAGGCUGGAGAUGACAGGGGUGUGUGCCAGCCAGAUGGCCCUGAGCCUCCUGGGGGGGCCCAACAGGCUGAACCCCAAGAACGUGCACCAGCGGCCCACGGUGGCGCUGCUCUGCGGCCCCCACGUGAAGGGAGCCCAGGGCAUCAGCUGCGGCCGGCACCUCUCCAACCACGACGUCCACGUCAUCCUCUUCCUCCCCAACUUCGUCAAGAUGCUGGAAUCCAUCACCAACGAGCUGAACCUUUUCAGCAAGACACAAGGCCAGCAGGUGUCCAGCGUCAAAGACCUCCCAGACACUCCGGUUGACUUAGUGAUCAACUGCCUGGAUUGUCACGAGAAUGCCUUUCUGAGAGACCAGCCUUGGUACAAAGCAGUGGUGGACUGGGCCAACCAGAACCGGGCCCCUGUGCUGAGCAUAGACCCCCCCAUCAGCGAGAUGGAGCUGGGCAUCGACGCCAAGUGGUCGCUGGCCCUGGGGCUGCCGCUGCCGCUGGGCGAGCGCGCGGGCCGCGUCUACCUCUGUGACAUUGGCAUUCCCCAGAAGGUCUUUCAGGAGGUGGGCAUCAACUACCACUCACCCUUCGGCUGCAAAUUCGUUAUCCCCCUGCACUCCACUUAGAGCUGGUGCAGCCCCUGGCUCUGAAGGGAGAGAGGAGGAGCUCUGUGAAAAGCAAAAGCUGUGUGCUGGAUCCCGGCUGGUCGACUCUGGUGACGCCUUAAAAAAAAGGAUGUGAAGUUCUGGAGGGUUUGCCUUCUGGAAGAAACGUUGUGUAUUUAAAAA